CUGACUGUCCCUCCACCUGAGCCUCUGACUAAGCACUCAUCACAUCUAUCCUCCGGCUAAUCUUACCUUUCAUCGGACUCAUUAACGGUACAUCACUAGUUUCUUGCCCAUUUUCCCGUUGGUGAUCCAACUGUCACCAUGCUGUCUGUCCUCGUUUCGCUGACUGUUUGUGUAACCCUCAUUCAAACCCAGGAUGCAGGUUUUCUGGUACGCCAUCGAAGACGGCCUCAGGGUUUCGGUUUCGGAGGAAGUAACUCAUUCAGUGUAUCGACCAAUUUUGGAGGAAAUUUCGGUAAUAACUGGCCCGGCUACUCAGGAGGAUUUGGAGGCUCUGCAUCUACUGCGUCUGCCGGGUCAACAUCAGGAAGUGGGGGAGUUGGAGGAAGUGGAGUAGGAGGUGCAGGAUCUACAGCGUCCGCAGGAUCCAUUGCUGGAGCUGGGAGCGGAGUGGGAGCCGGUUUGGGGGGAGGAGCAGCAGGUGCUGCUUCAGGAGCUUCAUCUUUUGGAGGAGGGUUUUCUAACUAUCCUACAGUUCCUGGAGUACCAGGUUAUAACGGAAUUUAUAAUGGAUUUGGCGGAGCUGGUGCUACAUCUAAUGCAGCUAGUGGAACAUUUGGAGGUUCUGGAACAGGAGGAGUUGGAAUAUCUGGAUCCGGAGCAUCAGCGAAUGCUGGUUCUGGAAGUCUAGGAGCAUCUGGAACAGGAGGGUUUGGAAUUUCGGGUGCUUCCGCUACAGCAGGAACAUCGGCAAUUGGUUCCACUGGAAAUGUUGGUGGAUCUGGAAGUUUUGGAGCGUCUGGAUCAUUGGCUUCAUCAGGAGCUAACUCUUUGGGAACUGGUGGAGCUGGUUUUGGCGGAGCGGGAGCUACUUCGUCUGCAGGAUCCUUUGGGGGAGCCGUUGGUGGAGGAAAUUCAGGUGGAAGUUUUGGAGGGUCAUCUGCCAACGCUGGAUCUGGGUCAUUUGGAGUCGGAAGUCGUCCUGGCUGGGGAGGUGGAUUCGGGGGAGGUUACUCCUCAGCAUCGUCAUAUAGUGGGUCUGGGGGAUAUUACGGGUAGAGGAAACAUGACUGAAUAAUGCUAGACUUUCUUGAUAAACAAACAAAAGUAUUUUACGAGUAAUAUACUAUUUAGUUGUAA